AUGGUGCCAGUCUUUUCCCAACCUAGUAGGCCAAUCUUCGAUACGUUGAAGUCGUUGGAUAUCCCGGUGCUUCUGUUUACGGAGUCUGAAGAUGAGACCUCCCAAAUGUCGACUGUGAUAACCCAGGUGGCCGAUAAGCUUCACGACAGGUUUUUGGUGGCGACCACCACUGACCUGACCUUGGCUGAAGAAGUGGACGCCCAGCCACCUUUUGUGGUUGUCUGGAAUUCCCUCGACGAAGUAAAGCCAGUAUAUCACGGCAAGCUUGAAACGGGACGUAUCCUCAAAUUCGCAGAAAAAGCCUCGACGCCGGUAGUCGGCAGGCUGGACUUGCAGUCUUAUAUUGAGCACACUCAGUCUGGUUUGCCCCUCGCUUUUAUCCUGGCCGAGACCGACAAGGAGAGGAAGGCCAUCGCCGAAUCACUGAAACAAGUUGCUCUCACAUACAAAGGCAAAAUCAACUUUGUUACUCUCGACACAACCCAGCUGUCCUUUUUGCUCGAGCCGCUUGGUGUGGACUCGACACGCCUACCUGCCUUCGCUGUACAUCGUGGUGACAACGAUGAGGUGUUUGUAUAUGACCAGCACCGUCAGAUCAACAGGAGAGACAUUGAGAUCUUCAUCCAAAGGACACUGAAUUUGCUGGUCAAGGAACUGUGA